GUGUCAGUGUUAGUUUGACCAUAAAGAUGGAAGAUAUUAUAGUGAAAUGUUUAUAGAAGAACUCUUAUGAUCAGACGUGUCAGCAGUUGUUUCUGUGGGGUUCUAGGUGUUUCGUUUUGGUUCACUUUGGUUUGGUUUUAGUUUUUCUGAGACAGGGUUUCUCUUUUUUUUUUUUUUUUUUUUUCCAGAGCUGAGGACCGAACCCAGGGCCUUGUGCUUGCUAGGCAAGCAAGCGCUCUACCACUGAGCUAAAUCCCCAACCCCCUGGGUUUCUCUUUAUAGAGCUGGCUGUCCUGGAACACAUUCUAUAGACUAGGCUGACCACAAACUUAUAGACACUUACCCACCUCUGCCUCGUAAGUGUGCCACCACUGCCCAGUGGGUUUUGGGUUUUGUGCUGUACUUAAGAAAGUUUGGGCUGAGUUGUAGCUCAGUCGACAGGAGUGCUUGCCUACUAUGCCCAGGGCUCUAGGCUUGAUCCCCAGAAUUGCAUAAACUGGUGUGACUCUGAGAAUUGCAGCACUCAGGAGGCAGAGGCAGGAACAUCAGGAGUUCAAAAUCAGCCUCAGCUACAUAUAAACUUGAGGGCAGCUUAGGCUAGAUGAGACUCUGUUUCAGAGGGAGGGAGGGAGAAAUCAGUGAUGCUGAGUCCCUGUCUUUUCUAACCUUGCUGCAUGCCCACAUCACAGACUGGAGUUGAUUAAUAGACUGAAGCAGAACAAAGCAAAACCACACCGACUCCAGGCCUCAGAAUAUCUAUCCUUUUGCUGGGCCGUGGUGGUGCAUGCUUUUAGUCCCAGCACUUGGGAGGAAGAGGCUGCCAGAUCUCUGUGAGCUGAACAGCAGCCUGGUCUAGAGUGAGUUCCAGGACAGCCAAGGGCUAAGUAGAGAGACCCUGGAUCAGAAAACAAACUGCAAAUAAAAAAUACAUUGUCAGUAUUCAAAAGAUUCUCCCAGGCAUAAUCACACAGAAAUGGACAUUGAAAAAUAGGUAUAAAUACUCCUGUGGAAAGGUUUGAAAUUCCUUGGCCAUAACAGAAGAAAAAGAAACUGUAGUAAGCGAAGGUAAAGUGUAAAGAAAUGUGUUCUCUGAAGAGAGAAUUUUCUACCCUGCAAUGGUAAGCACUUGUGAAUCCUCUGUAAUUAUUUCUUUUAAUUUUAGACUGUGCCUGUUGACCCUUGCUCUAUUUCAGAGGAAGACAUUUGCCUUCACACACUGUGCUAGUCUCCCCUCCCCCACACCAUGAUUAUGCUAAUUACAUUAUUAGAAUGCCAACUUUUUUAAAAAGGAUUUCUUCUAGUCACGGUUUCUGCCUUUGUAGGUGUUCUCUCUUUAAAAGAAUUUAGUUUACUAUUGUUUUGUGUAGGUGGAUGUGUACCAUAGAUCAUGUGUGGAAGUCAGAGUGGGCAGAGGUUUCCUUUUACCUUGUUUCCAGGCAAGGUCUCUUAGCUAUCUAUGUACAUUGGGUGCUCUGGUCCUCAACCUGCUAGAUGAUUCUCCUGCCUCACCCUCUGUCUUGAAGGCUGGGUUUGCAGAUGGGCCCCGCUACAACCAACUUCCUUUAAAAAUUUUUUUGUUUCUGAGUGGUUUGCCUAUAUAGAUGUGUACCAGAUGAGUGCUAGGUGUCUGUGAAGAUGGGAGGAGACCUGAGGAUGCCACAAAUCCCCAGGAACUGGAGUUACAGAUGGUUGUGAGCUACCAUGUGGGUACUGGGAAUAGAACCCCAGGUCCUCUGUAAGAGUAACAAGGGCUCUUAAUUAAAGCACUCUCUCCAAAUUCAACAAACAAGGUUUUACAUUUGCUCCCCAAACUCCUCAUUUCCUUCUUUGCACCACUCCCAAACUCUCUCUUUAUUAGUGUGUGUGUGUGUGAUGUGUGUGUGUAUGUGUGAGAGAAAGGGAGGUGUUUGUGUCCGUGUGAGAGAGAGGUGUGUGUGUGUGUGUGUGUGUGUGUGUGUGAGAGAGAGAGAGAGAGAGAGAGAGAGAGAGAGAGAGAGAGAGAGAGAGGUGUGUGUGUGUGUGUUAGAGAGAUACAUUUCAUUGUGAAGUGUUUUUCUUCUUUGGCAAGGGGAUUUCUUUUAUGCUUGGGAAUUUCUACUUGUUAAUGAGAUCUUGGCAAGGGAUAAUACUAUUUUUAUUUAUUUAUUUUUAAUUUCUAGGAAUUGACCCUCGGACCUCACACUAUUGCUAAGCAAACACUUAACUGCCAAAUUCUAUCCUCACCUUUUUUUUUUUUUAAUUUUUGAAAUAGGAUCUCACUAAAUUGGCCAAAUCAACCUUGAACAUACUUUGUAGGCUUUGAACUCAACUUUGUGACCCAUAGGCUUUGCCUUGAAUCCAUAAUCCUCCUGCCUCAGUCUCCUGAGUCAUUGGGAUUACAAACUUGGUCUUCAAGGCUCAUCAAAGAAUAAUGUUUUUGUUUUUCCUCCAGAAAGAGUCUCCUGGUGCUCAUACUGACCUCAAACUCACUAUGUAACUAACGCUAGCCUUGAACUCCUAAUCUGCUUGCUUUUAUAACACUUUCUGAGUGCUGGGAUUAGAGGUGUGCACCACCAGGCCAUUCUGUCAGAGUAGUGUGCCCAUUCCUGUUUAUUUUCUGAUGUUGGAUGUUGCUAUAAAGGAGAUGAGAGUAGUCUGAUUAAUCCCCAUGUAAAGAGUGUUUUGCUCAGGCGUGGUGGUGUGCAUCUAUACACCACUCUUGGAGGCUGAAGCAAGACAGUAGGACCAUGAAUUUCAAGUCUUCCUUAGCCACCUCCCAUGACUGUGGCUUCCCCCAUCUUAAAGAUUCAUUUUAUAUUUCUGUGUAUUUGCCUGUGUGCAUUUAUAUACAUCAUAUAAAUCUGUGUGUAAGAGCCUGUGGAAGCCAGAAUAGGGAUUGGAUUUUCUGGCACUGAAGUUAUAGAUGAUUGUGAGCCUCCAUGUGGGUACUGGAAACCCUGUUUUUCCUUCCACAUACAAAAGUUAUCUCAAGCUUCCUUUGUCCGUAUUUCUGAUCGGAGUUGCUGGCAGAAUUCGGUUCUCUGACAACUUUAAUCUACUAGUGCCUCGGUGGUGCUAUUUAGUUCCUCUCUUCCUGCCCUUUUGUUGUUUAUCUCCUGCAUGUGUGUGUCAAGCAUAUUUGUACACAUGUCCGUGUGUGUACAUGUGAGUGAAUCUGCAUGUGUGGGAGAUAUAUGGAACUCAGAGGUCAGUGUUGGGCUUCUUCCUUAAUGGUUCCUUUUCUUCCUUCUGUGGCGGAGUUUCCCCCUGAACCUGAAGCUUGCCUGGAUGGCCAGCAAACCCCAUGAGUCCUCUUGCUUCCAUCUUUCCCGUGCUGACGUUACAAGCCCUGGCCUCCAUAGCUGGCUCUUCCAUGGGAGCUGGAGAGCGAGCGAGCUGUCUCCCCUAGGCCCUGUUUUAUGAUUUGCUUAUUUUUGGUUUAUAGAUAGUGUUUAACUAUUGAGACUAGGUUAGCCCAGAACUUGUGUCUCCCACCCUUGCCUCAGCCUCCCAAGUCCUAUCAUCUGGUGGGCUCUCUGUUCUGGCCAUGGGCGGAACUGUUUUCCUUGAAUCUUAGGAUGCUAGUAUACAUGGCUUUGCCAGUGUUUGCCUAAUUUUCUAUUGUUGUCGUCCCCCCCCCCCCAAAAAAUAGAAAAACAGCUCUCUUCCUUCCCACCAGGUAGGCUGAUUUGUUCCCCACUGCCCACAGGCCUGCUAAGGAUGUUCAGAGCUGUUCUCUGGGUCUGGAGAAUGGGGUGUGGCAGGGACGUGGGUCUGUCCUCUGCUGUGGGACUUUUUUUGUGAAUGAUUCCUGUUAUGCUGACAUGAUUCAGUCUACUAUUUCGGUAGAGUAGCUCCCGUUUCUGUUGGAAGGGAAUACUUAGUCUGCUGAGGCUGGCAGUUAUCCUAAGGUCAGUGUGUAUGCGCAUGCGCAAGUGGGAGCAUGUUGGAGCCUUACUGGAGAGAGUCAGCUCUCCUCCUCUUCCCCAUCUCCCACAAAGAGCUUUCCCUAUAACCUUCUGUUGGAAAGGACAAAGAAUUGGUGGCAGUUCGUCUCUUGCUGGUCUUGGGGCCUUAGUGAGAAGUGGCCUAGCUCAGCUCAUCAUUUGGGUUGUCCCAGUUGGGGCUACAGAGAAAGCAGUGCUCUUUUAGUCAUGAUCAAGUCAGCUGGGAAGUGUGUCAUUGAGCAAACACUUGGACUGUAGUGAAGUCAGAGACUGUCAGGGGAGGUCAAUUGGGGCAGCCAUCUUAGAACCAAUUCUAGCUAGCUCUCCUGAGAUGGAACUUUUGGCCCUUCAGGCAUCCUGUCCUCAAAGAUAAAGAUUAGGUGAGGUUGAAAUUCAGCUCGGUCACCUAAGAAGUGCUCCAUGUGACAAGGGAGGAGAAGGGUCAUAAGUACACGUUUCAGUGGCCUCAGGAACACUCUUGCCUUGGCCAAGUUCAUCUUGGACCCUGUGCGAGUGUGUCUGUCUGUCUGCCUGUCUGUCUGUCUGUUGGUUUUUAUGGCAGUGCUCAGAGGAAUCUGUAGAGAGUAGUAGGUGAGGCCUGUCCAAGUUCCUUCAAGCUCCUAUUCUGUUCUCCUUGGUGAUCAAGCUUCUUGAAUGAACUUCAUGGCAAGUUACCACCUAGCUACCUCAGAAAAAGGAAGUGCUUUGCUUCUUUCUCUUGGUUAGGUCUAGAAAAAAAAACAACAAAAAAACAGAACUCAGUAAAUAAUGCAGAGAAAUACCAACAGAGCCGGCAGAACCACAUUUGUAGGUGCUUCUGGACAUGACUGGGGUGUGUGGGGGGUGACAGUCAGCAGGACUCCAGCUUAGCCUGAGGAUGGCAGGGGCCAGCACGUUGCUCUGGAUUCUAGGAUGAAUGUCACUUUGUCCCCUGAGGCUUAGGUCUAGUGCGCAGAGACAGACCUGAGGCUUUAGAAUAACUUACUUUUGACCCUGAGCCCAGUGGUAAGAGGGGUGGGAAACUCCAGCAGCUCUUUAAUGGGCAGGGCCUGUACCAAGUAGCCACACACUGGAGCCUUGUCUCUGCCCCAGUCUGACUAACACUUUAGGUUCGGCUCCCUGGGAGGACAAGAGCUCCUGUACACCACUGAGGGAAGAACUCUGGUAUACAUGGUCACCAUGGAGCGGCUACACCCAGCCUUCCCUAGCUACCUCCUGUUGGUGCUGUUUGGUAUAUGGAGAACUGUCCCCCAGAUUCAUGCCUCAUCUACUGGCCUGCUGCCCCUCAGUGCCACCUCUUUCCUGGAAGAGCUUAUGAAACGCUACGGAGAGAAUGACAGCCUUACCUUGCCACAGCUGAAGACUCUGCUCAACAGCGUGGGCGUGGGCCGGGAUAAUGUUUCCCUGCCCAAAGAAGCACACAGGAACCUCUCCACGUGCUUUAGCUCUGGAGAUCUCUUUGCGGCCCACAACUUCAGUGAGCGAUCUCGUAUUGGGAAGAGUGAAUUCCAGGAGUUCUGCCCCACCAUUCUCCAGCAGUUGGAUUCCCGGGCUUGCACCCCAGAAAACCAGGAGAAUAAGGAAAAUGAGCAGACAGAGGAGGGGAAGCCAAGCGCCAUUGAAGUAUGGGGGUACGGUCUCCUCUGCGUUACCGUCAUCUCCCUCUGCUCCCUCAUGGGGGCCAGCGUGGUGCCCUUCAUGAAGAAGACAUUUUACAAGAGACUGCUGCUCUACUUCAUAGCCUUGGCGAUUGGAACCCUCUACUCCAAUGCCCUCUUCCAGCUCAUCCCAGAGGCUUUUGGUUUCAACCCUCAGGACAAUUAUGUCUCCAAGUCUGCUGUGGUCUUUGGGGGUUUCUACCUUUUCUUUUUCACAGAAAAGAUCCUGAAGAUGCUCCUGAAGCAGAAAAACGAGCACCAUCACGGACAUAACCAUUUUACCUCCGAAACGCUUCCUUCCAAGAAGGACCAGGAGGAGGGUGUCACGGAGAAGCUACAGAAUGGGGACCUGGAUCAUAUGAUUCCUCAGCACUGCAACAAUGAUCUGGAUGGCAAGGCACCCAGCACAGACGAGAAGGUCAUCGUAGGCUCCAUGUCUGUGCAGGACCUGCAGGCAUCCCAGAGUGCUUGCUACUGGCUCAAAGGGGUUCGAUAUUCUGAUAUUGGUACCUUGGCCUGGAUGAUCACCCUGAGCGAUGGUCUCCACAAUUUCAUCGAUGGCCUGGCUAUCGGUGCCUCCUUCACUGUGUCUGUCUUCCAAGGCAUUAGCACGUCGGUGGCCAUUCUCUGUGAGGAAUUUCCUCACGAGCUGGGAGACUUCGUUAUCCUGCUCAAUGCUGGUAUGAGUAUCCAGCAGGCCCUCUUCUUCAACUUCCUCUCUGCUUGCUGCUGCUAUGUGGGUCUGGCCUUUGGUAUCCUGGCUGGCAGUCACUUCUCUGCAAACUGGAUUUUUGCACUGGCUGGAGGAAUGUUCUUGUAUAUUGCUCUAGCCGAUAUGUUCCCUGAGAUGAAUGAGGUGUGCCAGGAGGAUGAGAAGAAGGACAGCUUUUUGGUCCCCUUCGUCAUCCAGAAUCUUGGCCUCCUAACUGGCUUCUCCAUCAUGCUGGUUCUCACCAUGUAUUCAGGGCAGAUUCAGAUCGGGUAGGACCCUGCCAAUGGGGAGCCAGUGGCAUUGGACAUGGGGCUCUGCGGCCCCCUUCUGGCCCCUGGCCCAAGGACUCAGCAUCCACGAAGCAUCAUGGAGGAGGCAGCUCUUUAAAAACUGGCACAGACUGCCUGCCUGCAUUCAGAUGUCAGCUGUUUCAAAAUGCUUUGUCCUAGGAAGAAGCUGCCCUGGAAUCUCUAGGUAGUGCCUCAAACCAUUGUCUCCUGACCCUUCCCACUGAUGAUUCUGGAACUGAAACGCCACACAUAGGACAUGCUUCUCUUUUCCUUCUGGUUACCCUCGCCCCUUUCUCUUGGAAGAAGCACUGAGAGAUAUGGAAUCUUUUACAAUGUAAAAAUGAAGCCAUUAGUCAUGGUUUGGUUAGAAAUACCAGUGUGGCUUCCAACUUUGGACCCUGUGAUUCUAAAUGUGUGUACCCUGGAUUUCAGGUCGGUCCAUCUUGGCAUGAGUUCUCAUGUUUUUACACAGAAGAGGGCAGAAGACAAGAAUCCUGGUUUCUUUGGUCUAUUAAUUAUUCUCUAAAAAGGCUGACUUUCCAAGCAAAUGAGUCAGGCAGGCAGAGAGACAGGGGAUCGUCUGAGGUAGAAGGAUGUAGAACUAGUGAUGGAUGUCCUAUCCCCUUGCUGCUUGGUUUCCAUCAGGAUGCUGCCUGCUGGUUGUACACAGCACCUGAAAUCACGCAUCAGCUAGGUGAGCCACUGUGGAUGUUCUCUGAGGUGGCAAGAAGUCUGCGCUAAAUCAGUUGGUUUUGCCCUGAUUCUCACACCUUCCUCUUGGCUUCCUUUUUCUAGAUACUUUGUAGAUGCCUCCCUCACUAGGAGCACAGCCAGAGCACAUUUAAAGAUGUUUGCAUUAGGAGGGAAAUUGUACAAAUUAAUCUCCCCUGGUCAAGACCUCUGCCCAGUAGAAUCUGACUCAUAAAAUUAGGACACAGUUGUUUAUGCCUUUUUGUGACCAAGGUAAUAAGCAAUGGAGUCAUUGCCGGCCAAACUUAGGACUUGCUAAUUGCAAAAAUAGUAGUUGAAUAUCAUAGAACUCUGGACCUUGAGGUCAGGACUGCAGACAUCAUUGCUGCCAGUGGGUUUUAAAGGGCACUGUCUUAGCUACCACUUCCUCCCUGAUCCCAGACAACAAGAUUGAAUACUGAAUUGAAUUGAAUGUAAAUUGCUUUCAUUUGGUCCAGAAAAAAAAUGGAUGUUUAACAUUUCAUACCACAAGUCAGCCUCAGGUGCUGGGCAGCCCCCUUCUCAGAACUCUGGCUUCCAGGGGAGCUAAUCUCCAGGUUCACUAAGUGAAUUAAUUUAUUAUUAUCAUAUUGAUACAUGGAUUCCUUAGCCACUUUGGGGAGCCAGUCUCUCCCGGAGCCUUUCUUAGUGGUGCCCACAGUCACAACCCAGGAGCUGUUGUUUGCAUGACUUAUAGUACUGAAUCAUGCCUGAGUCUUUCUGUUCUUACCACAGGAAAACUGUCCAUUAAAAGCAGCAAUAUAUAUAUAUAUAUAUAUAUAUAUAUAUAUAUAUAUAUAUAUAUACACACACACACACACACACACACACACACACAUACACAUAUAUGUGCGUGUGUGUGUGUGUUCAUUCUUGUUCUUCUUGGGGAAACAUGCUUGAAACGAAGAAUCCUGAUAACUGGGGAAACAGAGAUUUGCUCACUUUCUCUCCCCACUCUUGCCUCUUGCCUUUGAGAAGAGGUAGAAGGAAGAGGAAACUUUAGCAAUCAAGGUACUAGAUUGAAUGUCAGGACCAGGUCCUGGUAGGCUUAGGGUCCAGUUUUACCAAAGAAUCAGUUCGUUUGAUGUUAGAUUCUAAGCUUUUAUGUUAUGGUCAUGGUUGUCAUUAUUGUUUAAAGCCGAGCCUCAUCUUUUCUGUUUUAUUUUUCCUACAACUGCUUCAGGCACUAGCAGAUGUAAGGCUGAGCAGGAUGCGGUGACUCACACCUGUAAUCUCAGCCCUUAGGAGGCAGAGUCAGCAGGCUUGAGUUUUACACCAGCUUGGACUUCCCAGUGAAUUGCAGGCCAGUCUGGGCUAUGUAGCAAGCUCCUGUGUCAGCAAGACAAAAUGAAGAUAAGAACGUCAAAUUUAAGAUUGUAGGUCUGAGGGUUUGGCUCCAAUGUGUAUGUGACCCCCCCUGAAUUUCAUUCCCAGCACCACUGCAGCGCCCCCCCCCAAAGAUGGAAAGAUUCUGCUUUAGCUCAUAUUUUCUUAUAACAUUUGUAUUCUAUUUUUAACUUUAGAAUCUCCCCUAGAGCCUGUUCUUCUUUAAACACCCUUUAUGCUGGAGUAGGAUGAUGGCUGAGUUUCUUUAAAAGAGCUUAAAUAUAGAGUCACAAACAUGAGAUAGAUGCCUGCCGCCCACUCUUUCCACAAACUCGAGAACCUCUUUGUGCACGCAGCUGCCAUGGAAGGAAAUCCUGGGGCUUCUUUAGAGCAGAAGGCCAGCAGAUUCAGGUGGGGGCGUGGGGGCCAUGCUCCCGUCAUCCAACUGUUGCCAUUGCUGUUGGUGACAGAUUCGCCCCUGAGUCGGAAAUACAGCCAUUGACCUUUUUUUGACUUUUAAAUGUCGGACUUGCUGUUUUAAGCAUCUGUACAUAUUAGAGGUCUCAGGGGCAGUGAGUUGCUUAGCAGACAUUUCUCCUCUGGCCUUAGUGCCCUUAGCUUCUGUCCCCUGUUAACACUAGCAAGGAAAGCGCUUGUCACAUGGAGGAGCCCUUAGCCAGGCCUUGGGUUCUGUCACUAAGCACCUCAUCUCUGACCUCACCUUCAGUCCUCCAUGGCUGCCCUCCAGUAUUUAGUGUCAGCCGGGGGAGCAUUCUCCAGUACCUUUCAUCUGGGUUUUAAAGGACUUCUCUCUGCCUGGACCACCUAGGAUCCAGUUUUAGCAACCCUUCUUCCAAAGACAUGCAGAUAAGCAGGGUGAGUUUUGCAAAAAGAAAGGAUUUUAGUCAGAGUUCCCUUUACAGUUCCAUCACAGUAUAUUUUUAAAUAACUCAGGUGUCAUUAGAAGAAUUAGAAAACAAAAUAACUUAUGUCAUGUGAACUGUAAAUGUUUAUUUGUAAGAUUCUAUAAAUAAAGCUAUGUUCUGUAA